UGCAUCAUAUGCCUUGUCUGAUGAUAUUGAAAAUUCGACAGGAUGUCAAAAAACUUAUCUUUGAGUAGCAAUAAGAUACAGCCUACUUUGACUAAUUUUGUGAAAAAACUUCGACAACCAACUUUGAAAUUUUCUUCAUCGAGUACACCGAAAAUAACUGCCAAAGAAAAUGCCACAAAAAAGUCCACAUUUGAGUCGGACGAUAUUUGGGAUGACAGUGACACCAGUUUUGAAGCACCCUCAGAUACAGAGGACACAGCGUCAUAUGCUGUGAAACAAGAGUUGAAAAACUCUAUUAUAUCAUUGAAUGACGAAACUAAUGUGACUGAUCACUUGCCAGAUCCUCAAACUCUGAAUAAUCAUGAAAAAAGCUCUAGGAUCAGUUCAAACAUUCAUUACGUUGAAGAUUCUAUAGAAGAACAGCAAAAAAAGGAUUUGAUAACAACUGACAAGUGGACUUCUCCUUUGUCUUCUUUUGGAAAACAAGAAACCAAAACUUUGGAGAAAGAUGUCAAGAACAAAGUUGUCUGCAAUUUUCCCAGUAUUAAUUCUGAAGAGACUCCUAAGUCUUCCAAUGACGAUAGCCAAUCAUUUAGUGAAAAUAUUGCUGUAAAAUUAGAAAAAGAUCGACUAAACAUUAUUUCUCAUGACGAUGAGACAAUGAUGAUAAACCCUGCUAGCCCAUCAGAAUUUAAUGACAUUGAAAGAACUGCUAGCCUAGUUUCGAAUUCUUCUCAGCCUAAAGUCUCAACCAUCAAAAGUGAUCCUGGUCUUAAAAAUCUGUCUAUACCGCAAAAACGUCUAUUAUUUAAUUCUACGAGUCCAAGAGUCAUUUCAGACUCAGACAGUGAAAGCUGUGAGUUUGAAACUAAGUCUUCGUUACCAAAAAAAGAAUGGAGGGGUCCAGACGUUAAAUUAGAUUUAAAACCCUUGGGAUUGGAUUCCCAACUUGACCCUUGGAUUCAGAUGAUGAAAAAUAAAUCUGCAGUAUCGUCAAUGCCUUCAAUGAAGAAUCAAGUGCAGCAACGACAACAGAUGCUAAAAGAAAUUGAACUACAGAUCUUGGACAAGAUAUCUACUGCAUUCAACCAGAUCCCUUUGCUGGUGUUGGAAAAGUUUCCAGGCUUUAACAUGAAUACUUUUCAAGAACUGAAAAUCCUUCGUCAACAUCUGAAGGCAAAAAUACGUCUUAUGGAAAAAAAGUUAGAUCAUCUUAGUCAAGAGGAGCAAAGUGCACAACAUGCAGAUGAAUUUCCAAGUGAUGAAAGUAUACUUGGUUUAUCGUAUACCAGAGAUUUCGAAGUAUCGUCUUCCCCAUCAUUUCCCAGUAUCAACCAUGGACCCUACACAAAUUCCAUCCAGAAACCAAGUACUAUUACAUCCUCAAACGAAUUCUCUGACCAUUCAAUAGACAGGUCGAAUGGCUUCGAAGAUAUCAGAACUAAUGCAAAUGGAGCCAAUAAGACAACAACGUUUACCAGAAAGUUUGGUUUCCAGUUAAAGAAACCAUCAGGGAUUUCAGCACAAGCUGGAACUAUCCGAGAUAAAACACAGAGAAGUCCUAGUGUCCCAGAAAUUGCAGCUCCUUUUUCUUCUGAGAAUGCUGACAGAUUUGUGACAAGCGAUAAUAAGCCUUUGAAAAUAUUGUCGCAACAGAAUAGUAGCGCUAAGUCAUUAUCUCAAAAAUCAGAGUCUCCCAAAUAUACUAUGGAUGACUCGUGGUCUCAGUUAAAUGGAAGUUUCGGUUCCAUAUCACCAGGUCACUAUAAGCCUACAGACAGGACACUGAGCCAAGAGCUGCAGUCACUUCCUCCAAUAGAAUUCAACCAUAAAAUCAAAAGCCCAAUAUCAGAGAAAAGUAGAAUAGUAACUACCCCACAAUCUAAACUAGGACUCAAGUCUUUAGAACAGCCUACUACCAGUGCCAACACUGUGCAAAUACCCGUCGCUGCAUCAAACUGUGGACAGUUUACAGGUGAUUACAAAAAUGACGCUGUCAGCGGAGAAUUUGACGGCUUGCACUAUCCACAUUCCCGAGAAAUGCUGAAGGUCUUCAGACGAAAAUUUGGAUUACACAGCUUCAGGCCUAAUCAAUUACAAGCAAUAAACGCGGCCCUUCAAGGCUUUGACUGUUUUAUACUAAUGCCAACCGGUGGUGGAAAAUCUUUGUGCUAUCAAUUACCUGCACUACUUGCUCCUGGUAUCACUGUUGUAAUAUCUCCUCUGAAAAGUCUCAUUCUUGACCAAGUUCAGAAGCUCAAUUCCCUUGAUAUACCAGCUGCGCAUAUGUCUGGUAACUUGACAGAUACUCAAGCAGAAAAUAUAUACAGAGAAUUAUCUAAAGCAGGACCGACAUUAAAACUCUUAUAUGUAACGCCAGAAAAGAUAUCUGCAUCUCAAAGGUUCUGCAGUGCUUUGCAUAGACUCUAUGAACGAAAUCUAUUGUCUAGAUUCGUGAUUGAUGAAGCGCAUUGCGUUAGCCAAUGGGGGCAUGAUUUUAGGCCAGAUUAUAAAAAGCUGAAAUCACUGAGAGAAAAUUAUCCUAGAAUACCAACGAUGGCAUUGACUGCAACAGCUACUCCUAGAGUGCGAACAGACAUUUUACACCAGUUGAAUAUGACUCAGCCCAAAUGGUUCAUGUGCAGCUUUAAUCGACCAAAUUUGAAGUAUAGCAUAAUUCCCAAGAAGGGUAAAAACUGUACAGAAGAAGUAAUUGCUAUGAUAAAGUCCAAGUUUAAAAAAGUUUGUGGCAUAGUGUACUGCCUUUCACGAAAAGACUGUGAUUCUCUCGCUGCUAAUAUCAAAAGUAAUGGUAUACCAGCUUUAAGUUACCAUGCUGGACUCACUGACAAUCAAAGAGCUGUUGUACAAGGAAAAUGGAUUUCUGAUGAGGUUGAUGUUAUUUGUGCAACUAUAGCUUUUGGAAUGGGAAUUGAUAAGCCGGAUGUGCGAUAUGUGAUACAUGCUGCUUUGCCACAAUCAAUUGAAGGAUACUAUCAAGAAAGUGGGCGAGCGGGUCGUGACUUAGAAAAAGCAGAUUGCAUUCUAUUUUACCAUUACGCAGAUAUGCACCGAUUAAGAAAAAUGAUCGAGUCGGAUGGCUCGCCCCCUGAAGUCGUGAAAACCCACUUGGACAACUUGUACAGAAUGGUUGCAUUUUGUGAGAACACAACCGAUUGUCGGAGAGUUCAGCAGUUGAAUUAUUUUGGUGAAAUAUUCAAGAAAGAAUCCUGCUUGGCUAAUUCAACAACAACAUGUGAUAACUGUAGAAGUAAAGAUAAAUUUGAGAUGAUUGACGCAACUGAAGAUGCACGGGAACUUGUAAAGGCAGUCCAAGAUUUUGGAAAAAGGAAAGGUGUAACUCUUUUACAAAUCACUGAAAUCUUUAAAGGCAGUGAUUUGAAAAAGAUUAGGGAUGCAGGCCAGAACAACCAUCCAAUAUUUGGUCGGGGAAAGAAUUGGAAAAAAAAUGACAUCGAAAGGCUGUUACAUAAAUUAGUGAUUGAUCAGUACCUGCAGGAAGACAUGUAUAUUAACAAUGAGAUAGCCUGUGCAUACCUCAAGAUUGGACCCAGAGGCCGGGAUCUCCUUACAAAACAGAACAUCAAGAUAAAAUUUGCAUUGAGAAAGUGUGGCAGUGCAACAACAGUAGCCGUUGGAUCAGCCGAUGCAAUUCCAUCAAACGAGGCACUAAAAGAUUUACAGUCACGAUGUUAUUCAGAACUAAUGUCAAUAGUGCGUGGCAUAGCUGGUGCUUUGGACGUUUCUGCUGCCUCGAUUAUGAAUAUGAUUGCCGUCAGAGCAAUGAGUCAGCAGCUACCAGCAACAGAAAAGGAGAUGUUAAAGAUUCCUCAUGUCACAAAAGCAAAUUAUGAUAAAUAUGGGAAGGCUUUGCUUGAUAUUACAGCAAAGUAUGCUGCCGAAAAGACUGUUUUGCUGAAUGAAGCAUCGAGCAAAGAGAAAAUCACUGAUAUUGAAGAUGAUGGUAAUAGUGCAGCCUGGUUGUCUUCGGUCACAUGUCCGCAUUCUGAAGGGAGCACUACUAGUGGUCGAGGAACAAAAAGGAGAGGACGAGGUGGUUCUACUGGUAAAGCUAAACGGUUUAAACGCGGAGUGUCAACUUCCCAGUCGAAACAAUCAACCACGCGAGGCAGACAAAGUGCUAGAACAAGUCGUGGCACAGCAAGUGGACGUAGCAGUGGGUCCAGUCGUGGUCCAGGAUUAUUGGAUCUCGGUCAAAAGCAGGUCUUUUCAAAAGAUCCCUAUCGGUUCCAAAAUCUGGGCAUUUAGAAAACUAAGCAAAUAGUUGAAGUUAUUCACAGAUAAAUAAUGCGCACUUAAAUAUAGGAUCAAGCCUCAAGUGCUAGGCUGUAUUCACUUUUUGUGGGUCCUGAAAAUAACGAGUCAAUAACGUUGUAAAGACAUUAGCUUGAAAAAUAAUUCGAAACUUGUCUUUCUGAGAAUCAAAGCCCAACAAAUUAUUAAUGGUCAACAAAACUAGUGGCUAGCCUUAUGUAUAAAUAUAAAUAAUUUACUGUCCGUGAUGAGUUUAUGUUUUUGUAAUAAACCAGAUUUGAAUUCUAA